AUGUGGGCCGUCGACAGUGGUGCAACGCACCACAUUUGCCACGACAAGACCAAGUUCGCAAAUUUGGCAGAGCGCAAUGGUGGCGAAAUUUUGGUUGCUGAUGGCAACAAGGUGGCCAUCAAGGGUGUCGGAACCAUCAUGGAAAAGGUGGUUCUGCCCAACGGUGAAGAGCGUGAGAUCGAAAUCAAGAACACCCUAUAUGUUCCAAGUAUGAGCAAGAACCUGCUCUCGGUGCCACAGAUUAACAGCCAUGGCAAGUUUCAAGUCGUGUUUGACGGGUCCAAGAUGUAUGUGACUCUCAAGAACUCACAGCAAGUGGUGGCGACAGCGGAUCUCGUGGUUGGACUCUACUGGCUUCGGACGACUCAACGAUCAGCGAAUGUGACAACAAGUGGAACCAGUUGUGCCGAUCUACAUGCGAGAAUGGGUCAUGCUCCAGUCGAUGUACUUCGCAAGAUGAUCGCGACCAACAUGAUCAAGGAUGUGCGAGUCCCUCUCAAGUCGGGUGGAGCAACUACAUGUCGAGGAUGUCAACAAGGGUAA